AUGUUGCGGCCAAUUUGGCAUGAGGAGGCUGCAGUGGCCAAGCCUGUUGGGAACUGUGGGGUGUGGCUGGGAGAGAAAGGACACACUCCAAGUGUUCUCACUGCCUGUGAUGCUGUGGCUACAGCAAUGUGCUGGCUGCACAUGAACAAGCUCCUUCUUCCAUUGCAGGGCACAGAAGAUUUUGUCCUCGUCACUGAGGGUGGUGGGGGGCGUGGCGGGGCCGGGCAGAGCGCCAGCGACCGCCGGGGCCAGAGCCCUUCCUAGGAAGGAGGGCGUCCGCCUUGCAGCCCAGCUCGUAUGCGGUCCCCAGGCGGCCUCCCGCCCCUAUUCCCCGGCGUCCGUCCCUCUGUCCCACAGUCGCUGGGUUCGCGGAGCCUGCUGGAGGCUUUGGGCUCUGGGCACUAUAUGGGAGGCGACAUCAGGCCCAUGACGGCGGUGGCCUUGUCUGGCCUGGCGGUGCGGCUGUCGCGCUCGGCCGCGACCGGCGGCUCGUACCGCGCCUUCUGCAAGGGGCUCACGCGCACGCUGCUCACCUUCUUCGACCUGGCCUGGCGGCUGCGCAUGAACUUCCCCUACUUCUACAUCGUGGCCUCGGUGAUACUCAACGUCCGCCUGCAGGUACAUAUUUAGAGCCACUCACUUUGUGGUAUCUGGGGAACCCUGUGAAAGGAUGGCUGACUUCUAUCCAGCAGCUCGCCCACCCUAGAGCAAAGCGAUCACCUCUGAUGGCACUUGCA